AAACACGUAUUACUGGCUGCAUGGCGCUAGAAGUGUGUGGUAGUGUAUCUGCUUUGUGUUUGUUUCUCACGUCUUUGUUGAGACAUAUGAUUGAAACGUGUGGCGCUUUAUUUUUGUAGGAGUAUUUCAGCUUUUUAAAAAAUCCUGUGCAACCAAGAAUGUAAUCAAAUGUAAGCCAUAAUAUAUGUGCAGGAAUGAGAGCGUAGGAAUUGUCACAUACAGCUCAGGACCUUGGUGUCACCUUUUCGUUUUUGAUGUCAAGGUUGUUGGUUUCGAUCCAAGAAUUGAAACGCUAAGGACUGCAGAAUUUAGCCAUAGUUGCUCACGAUUGACGAAGUACAUAGAAUGUAUGACGACAGUAGAAGACAUAGAGCAUCUUGGAAAAAAUUGACUUUGUGGUUACAAGUUUAGUUUGAUAAUGGCAAGUUUUGCAGCCCAAGCAGCUAUUAGAUCAAAGUGGACAGACCUGGUUGAAUCAUCUCCAUUUGAUGUUCCUGGGGAAGUGUCAUCGGGAGUGAGGAGUGUUGUGGGAUGGCUGAAACAGGCAUCAUUAGAAGUUCGUCAAGCAGGCCGUCGUACUUUGAGCACACUGUCUGGUGGCACGAUGGGAGGCUCUUCACUGACUAUCCUUCACUACAAUGAUGUAUAUAAUAUUGAGUCAAGAGUUAUGGAGCCAGUUGGAGGGGCUGCACGUUUCUGUACAGCAAUAAAAUCGUUCUCACAUCUUAACCCUCUGGUUCUCUUCAGUGGAGACAUCUUUUCACCAAGCAUAUUGAGCUCCUUUACAAAAGGGGAACAUAUGGUUCCAGUACUAAAUGAAUGUGGUACUCAUUGUGCUGUUUUUGGAAAUCAUGAUUUUGAUUUUGGCUUGGAGGUUCUGAGUGACUGGGUUUCUCAGACAAAUUUUCCCUGGCUCAUGUCAAAUGUAAUUGAUCAGGAGACAGGCCGUCCACUAGGAGAUGGAAGAAUAACACAUGUGGUUGACUGGAAUGGCAAGAGAAUUGGCCUUGUGGGGUUAGUUGAACAAGAGUGGUUGGAUACACUGGGCAACAUUAAUCCCGAAGAGGUAACCUUCCUCGAUUUUAUUGAAGCUGGAAGAAAGUUGGGAGCUCAACUCAAACAGGAGGGUUGUGACUAUGUGAUUGCAUUAACACACAUGAGAAAUCCAAAUGAUGUAAAGCUGGCAGAAAAUGUGGAUGAGAUAGAUUUGAUUCUCGGUGGUCAUGAUCAUCUCUAUGAAGUUAAACAAGUCAAUGGAAAGUAUAUAAUCAAAAGUGGAACAGAUUUUCGACAUUUCUCCAAAAUAAUUUUAAAUUUUGAUAAAACAUCAGUUGAUGUAAAUGUGGAAGAAAUUUCAGUGACAUCUGCAUUCCCAGAAGACCCUAUACUUAAGCAGUUACUGGAGAAAUAUGCAAGUGUGAUGGAAGGGAAGAUGGAUGAAGUUUUAGGUGCAUUUUCGGUGCCUCUUGAUGGACGAUUUCAAAGUGUACGCACAGAAGAAACAAAUCUGGGUAACUGGGUGUGCGAUGUCAUCCUGGCAGCAACUGGAGCAGACCUAGUUCUGUUAAAUUCUGGGACUCUGCGAUCUGAUCAGGUUCAUCCUGCUGGAAAUUUCUUGAUGAGAGAUCUAGUCACCAUCAUUCCUAUGAUGGAUCCACUUGUUGUGAUCUCAGUUACAGGGCAAGACAUAUUACAUGCUUUGGAAAAUGGUGUAAGCAUGUAUCCAAAGUUAGAAGGCAGGUUCCCUCAAGUUGCUGGUAUUACUUUUGCAUUUGAUCCACGACAGCCACCUGGGAAGAGAGUUGAUCCGCAGCUUGUUAGGAUAGGAGAUGAAUACCUUGAACCUGAUCAGAGGUACCGCCUGGCUACUAAAAUGUACCUGUAUUCUGGCUGUGAUGGUUACUCAGUGCUUAAAGAUGCAAAAGUAUUGGUUAAUGAGGAAGAGUGCCCUGAACUAGGUCGAGCAAUACAAAAUCAUUUCCAGGCUAUAGAUAUUCGGCUUGGGAAGACAAAACGCCAUUCUAAACACCGCCAGAGCCUAGUCACACUUUCACGGAGGUAUAGUCUUGUUAAAAUGUUGGAUGGUGCAGGAGGAGAAUUGGAUGGUCCACCACCUAUCCGAAGAGCCAGCACAGUUGAUAUUAAUGCAGGAGACAACAGGCACUCACCCAGCCCCUCUCCUCCUCAUCCUCAUACACAUGCUCAUCCACCGCCUCAUACACAUGCUCAGUUACGCAGCAGACUUACUCGAAGAGCAAGUUUAGAUGACCUAGAACAAGAAUCAUGUCAACUCACACCAAGGAUUGAAGGACGUAUAGUCAUCCUUACAGAUGAGAAACGCUGUGAACUUCUGUUGGAACGGCAGAGGAUUGAAGAAGACUCUGUGAUUCCAGAAGUAGAGGAUGAGUGUUCACCACAUGGUAGCAUUGAUAGGGUUGAAAUAAAUUAAACCUCUUGCACCAUGCACAUAAAUUUCACUUUUUUGCUUCUCUCAAGUGUAGCCCAGUUAUAAUAAAUCUCACUUGAUUGUGUUGUCUACAAGCUGGAUUCAGUUGGUUGGUAUACUUUUUCGUUUCAGUAUUAUAAUGUUAACAUAUUAUACCACUUGCGCAACGUUUUAAUUUUUUAUACAUAAUGGUAGAAGCGAAUCACUGCUUAGAUCAGAAUUUGCCAUAUUUACAAGAACUAUGUGAAUAAUAUCUAUUGUCAAAUAAUUUUAUUCAGUGGCAUUUCAUAUGCAUGACAGUAACCAGCUUCCCCGAGCCCGAAUCUGCUUAGAUGUCAUGCUCCUAUCAAAGUAUGUUAGCAUCAAGAGCGAAUUACUGUUAAGUAUUAUUAUGAUACUUGGUUGUAUAAGGUUAUGACAGGCUGUUUGCAGAGUGACAGGGUUCCCAGUUGUUUUCAUUUUACAUGCGAUUAAGGAAGUACUGAGGAGUCAUGAAUUUAGUAUACACAUAAGUACACCUGAAGUAAUAUUAUCACUUUUUGUACUUAUCUCUUAUUUAUGGCACAUAAUAGCAGAAAACUACAGUUGUAAAUACAAACUUUAAUGAAGAAAUAUUGUCAAGCUGUCUAGAAGAAUAUGUUGAAACAUGGUCUGCAGUGUUAAACAGUGAAAGUGCAAUGUUGUAACAUUAUUUAUGGGGUUUUCUUCCAUCUGUUAUACAUAAAUUUGUACUGCAUAGAAAAUAUCGGCUUUCUAUUUGUAGUCAGAUUUAUGAAGUGCUCCCCUCUGAGUUAUUUCUUACAUACACUGGAGUCUCAUCUUAACUGGGGGGUAAUUUCUGAAGAUAGUGCAUUAACCCAAAAUUGUGUAUGGUCAGAAUUACCCUUGAAAAUCCCUUAAAUUGCCCAUGAAUUACAUGCUUUUUUAUAUACCCUGUAACAUGUAUGUAGUAUAAUAAAGAGUACAUAAUCACUCUCACUCACUCAUGCAACUGAGCCCUUCUUUAGAAGCUGCCAAUUGUUCAGCCACUCAAG